CGGGCCACAGAAACAUGGACCUUAUCAGUAAACCAAGGAGCAAGUCUAUCGUCUGGCUGUAUUUUGGCUUGAAAGCAGAUGAAAAGGGACAACCUUUGAACUCUGGCGAGGCCAUUUGUCGUUUAUGCCGAAAAAUAGUGCUUGCAAAAGGAGGAAAUACCACGAAUUUAAGAAGUCAUCUGAGACGUCGACAUCGUGCAGAUUUUUUCGAGACCACUUCCUCCACGACCUCUGCAGCUUUGUUUGAGGCGCCAGAGGAGAUCAUUCUAAAAGAAGAGGAAGAGUCACAAGAAGAGGAAGAGUGUGAGGUAAAUACCACUGACAUUUUUAGGCAUGCGAUGGUAUCAGACCUGGAGCUUGAUGAACUUGAAGACAGCAGGACUGAAAUAAGCAAGGUUACUAAGAAGCAGACGACAUGGGCUGUGAACUGCUUCACAGGCUGGUUGGAGUCUCAGGGGCUCCAAGUGGACCUGACUACAGUGGAGAAGACUGAGCUCAACAGGCUGCUGAGACACUUUUAUGGAUCAGUACGCAACAGCAAAGGAGAGCUGUAUGGGAUUGCCAGUUACAUUGCACUGAGAGCUGGGCUUAACCGUUACUUCAAAGAGCCUCUUGUCGGCCGUCCUGUGUGCUUAAUGAGAGAUGCUGAGUUCACAUCAGCCAACAAGGUGUUCUUGGGAGUGCUGAAGAGAAUUAGGAAGUCUGGUCGAGACAUAACAUCACACCAUCAGGCACUGUCGCUGGAUGACAUCCGCAUCCUAAGACACUCACGUGCAAUGGAUACCAGCACUCCAAGGGGACUUCUGAACAAAGUCUGGUUUGAUAUACAGGUACAUUUCGGCCGCAGAGGGAAGCAGGCCAACAGGAAUCUGAAGCCAGAUUCAUUUGUAAUCAGAAAAGACAAGAGAGGACUGAGAUACUGCACUUUAAUUUUUGGUGAUGAGACAAAAAUGUUUAAUGAGAAGGACCGAUGCUCUAUGUUUGAGAAGCCAGGCAAUGGACUCUGUCCCAUUGCUUCUCUUUUAAAGUACCUUAGCAAACUCCCAUCCAAUGCAGCCGCCCUCUACCUGCAGCCUAAGAAGGAGCUAACAGAUAAUAUGUGGUACAGUCACAUCCCCCUAGGAGUCAAUUAUCUGGGCUCAAUGUUGGCUCGCAUGUGUAAAGAAGCAGGAACAUCUGUGAUCUACACCAAUCACUGCAUCAGAAACACACCCUUUCACCAACUGUGUGACGCAGGACUGGAGGGGAGAGAGAUUAUUACUGUCACUUUGCACAGGUCUGAAAGCUCCCUCCAAAGUCACCAGACACCCUGUCUCGGGAGUCGAAGGCAGCGGAGUGAGAUAUUGCCAGAGAACUAUUCAGCUGGCCCAGCAGGUUUGGAUCUCAACCAUGACGAAUUUUUUGAGGAUGUUCCAUUUCUCCAAAAUGCUUCAAAUCAGAACUAUGUCCCAGAUGCUGUGUUGCCACCUGGGGAGCCGUGGCUCCAUGGUGGCCCCUCCCGAGCAGUGCUAUCCCUGCCUUCCUGCCUGUGCCUGUGCAGUGAAGUUGGGUCUGGGAUGUCUGGUCCUGGAUCUUCUGGUGAGGAGCACAUGGGAGAGAUGAAGGUGUACGCCAAGUGUCACCUUCAGCAAGGUGUCAUGUUUGGGCCCUUUGUAGGAGAAGUGUGCAGGGGACAAAUGCCGACUAACCUCAAAUAUGCCUGGGCUAUUAGGGAUGAUGCUGCUUUCAUCUACGUUGAUGCCUCUGAUGAAAACAAAUCCAACUGGAUGAGGUAUGUAACAUAUACGAGCAGUGAGGAGGAACACAAUCUGGUCGUCUUCCAGUUUUACCGACACAUCUACUACAGGGUUUCCCAGCCCAUCCCAGAGGGAGCAGAGCUCAGGGUCUGGAUUGGCAAGGAUUAUGCCUCCCUGCUGGGCCUAGGGAUGGGCGACAAUGUGAAAUGUGAAGUUGGAGACAAGGAGACAGCUCUGCGCCUCCUGCAGGAUAUUCAGUUGGUCACCCUCCCGGAGCCCAGCAGCACUUCCCUUUGGUCAGAUCAAAGCCAGUCACAGAGCCCCAUGCCUGUCAUCAGUGACGUGACAACAAUGUCAAACCCAGACACAGCUAAUGAUCCAGGUGGGAUUUCUGCCUCUGCCCUCACCAACACCUCCGUGAUCUCCUUCCCGUCCCCGAGCUCUCAUCUGAUGGAAAAGUAUGAUUUUAUGCCUGGAACCGAGAAACUGCUGAGUAACCCAAGCGCCACACAGAACAGCCCGUGGUACUUUUUUGGGUUUGAGCCAGACCCAACAGGUCGGCCUCUGGACCGGAGCAUAGCGGUGUGUAAACUGUGUGUGGAGCACGUGGGCUGUGCUGGAGGGGCAGCAGACCUCCAAAACCACCUGACCAACAAGCACCACAUCAGACCACGUGAUAGUAACAAGGAUCGGAGUCUUCUGAUAAUAGGUCAACGCUCUCAGCCAAUGAUGGUUAACAGCGGUCUGGUCAGCACCUUCCCCCUGGUUUUGUCUACUCAAGUGACUGAUGCUAUCACCAACUUUCUCAUCAUGGAUCUCCAGCCUCCAGCUCUGGUAGAAGGGGAAGGCUUCAGACAGCUGAUCCACACCAUCCUGCCCACCUGCAAAGAGCUGCCGUCACCCUGUCAGCUCGAGAACCUCCUGAAGGAACACCACACCAAAGGCAAGACCAGCCUUGCUCAGCUGCUGAGAAGGAAAACAGGAAGCGGAGAGAUUGAGGAGACCUCUGACUACACUGCUCCCAUCGAGUUUGAGCCCAGGAGACGUGGGCGACCUGCCAGCUAUCGGAGGGAAGUUCCUCACUUUGUCACUUUAAGUGUGGAUGUUUGGUCCCACAACUGGCAGGGCAACGUUGAGAAGUACCUCACCCUCUGGGCACAUUAUAUAGACUCUAAUUUUACCUUUCAGAACGUGGCCCUGGCAACCCAAAGACUGACAGAGAGUGGGGUGAAAGAUUACACCCUUCGAGCAGUGGAGGCUCAAGUGAAAGCGAUGGCACAGGAGUGGGGAAUCUCUCAGCCCAAUCUGGUCCUGUUGGGAGGGGAAGGGAGGAAUAAGAUGAGGCUGGGGCCAGUAAAGAGCGAGAAAGGUGGAGAGGCUGCAGGAAGCGUCCCUCACCCAAACUCAACAACAUUUCUUGAGAGGGAUGACUCUGUGUUACCUGAGGAACCGCAUGGCUCUGAGCAAAGUCAUUCCAGUGAGGGACUACCAUCUGUCCCAUGUUUCUACAGCGCUGUGCAGGACUGCAUUGAGGAAGUGAUGUCACAUCCCGUCAUCUCCAAGACCCUCUGCCUAUUCCAGGGUAUUCUCUCAACCCUGUUCCAGCCACCUGCCCAACACAGAGGCUCAUAUCAGCAUCAUGUCCAGAGUCUGUUGCAGACCCUGACCAAACAAGAACAGGCAGAGCUGAAGUCGUGGGCUCAUAGUCGGCCAACGUGGAAUAAGCUGUACCAGCUACUGAGCACUCUGCUAAAACAUAAAAGUAUUUUUUGUGAUGUAAUAAGAGAGAUUAAUGGGGAGGGCUUGUCUAAAGAAGACAGUGCUUCAGACACCAGUUCAUCUGGCAGCUUCCACGCAAACCCGACCUCCAACACAUCCUCAGCAAACGUCUCAAUGCAUUCUGAAUGGAAGGCCCUGGAGGAGUUGUGUUUGGUCCUCAAACCUCUGGAUGUGGCAUGUCGAACCCUCGCCAAGGAGGCGUUCCCCCGUCUAUCCCUCAUCAAACCCAUUCUCAUUGGCCUGCUCUCCCGUCACCUCGUAGCCCGACCGGGAGAUUCGUCAUCCAUCUUAAAGGAAGUGAAGAGGAUGAUGAGGCGGAACUUGGCAAGCUGUUACCACAACCCUGUUGUCAACAGGACUCUGUGUGUGGCAUGUUCCCUCGACCCCCAGUUCCAUGGGCUGGGGUUCAUGGAGGAGAAGGAGCAGACGGUCACUUUUGAUUGGCUGAAGAAAGAGGCCGUCAGGAUUGUGAAGGAGGACAGGAAGAGGGGCCAGGAUAAGAAGCAAAGCCAGUUUAAGAGAAGCCCCUCCCCUGGGUCUCCAGAGUCAGAGAGUGAAUUCCUGCGGAGGAGCAAACGCCUCAAAGAAUCCCGCCCAAUCAACUUCAGAGAGAUCGAAGAUGAUGACGAGGAGAGCGAUGUAGGAGAGACGGACGAGAACGAGUCCGCAGACCCAGGCUCUCAGGCUGGUCUGUCGGGAAUGGAGUUCCUGCUGGGAGACUUGUUCUGCUCUGCCCCCCGGAGCAAGCAGAGCUCCGUGGAGGAGUCUAUAGACAUGGAGAUGUCUGUUUUUAGAGCCGACAAGGGGGCCUCACUGGGAGUGGAGCCUUUGCAGUGGUGGAGGACGAAAGCAGUGCAGUUUCCACUUUUGGCUACAGUGGCACGGGCCUAUCUGGCUGCUCCCGCUGUGGCAGGUAAUGCUGCACAGGAGUUUGUGCAGGAAGGAGCUGGAGCCACGUACAGAAAGAGAGCCAACAUCCCACCAGAGAGUUUGGACGCGAUCCUGUUUCUCCACCAUAACCACAUGCCCACCUCUGACACAGGGCAAACAGCACUGAGGAGUGAUGACAAGAACAGUGGGACUGAAAAGAUCCCAUAAACACACACACACACACACACACACACACACACACACACACACACACACACACACACACAACAUUCAUUCCUUUUCACAAACUCUGAAUUUAACACUGUAAGCUACAUGUGUAACACUUACCCUUAUCCAUAUUUAAAGUUGAUUAUUACCAUAAACCAAAGGCCCAACACAAAGUUAGCACACUGGAAAAAAACGUCUCCAGCUAGCAUAAAAACAGGAUGCUGAGGCUGAGGACACACACAGGUCAAAUAAAAGUGUAAAAUAAGGGCAAUUUAGGAAAGGGAUUGGAGAUUGGAAUUUAUAUUGGAUUAGAACAUCCUUCAACCAUCUGAAUUUUACUGAUCUGAUCUGAAAUCUCAUUUCAAUCUUGAUUGUUAUUACGGUCAAUAUGUGUAGUCACUAAAACUGAUAUGUUUUUUUAUAUCCUGAUUUCCUGGAGACUGGAGAGAAAGAAGACUAACACUUAAUGUAGUGUGUGUAGUCUGAACUAUUCCACUACUGAUUUACAUUUAACUUUGUUGCGUGUACUUUGUAGCACCUAGUGCCUUACCUUGUUUUAAUACUAUGAUGAAGUAGAUUGAAAAGUAUUCCUUUUUUUCUACCCUUAAUGCCAAAUUUGAAGAAACAUAUAUAUAUAACUGUGACGGCGAGGGUUCAUGGUAAUACUGUGCAAAAACUUUUACCAAGUGACUUUACUUUUGCAUCAUAAGUUGUAUUUUGUUAUGAAUCAGUAAGUUAUGAAAGAUGGACUCCAAAGACUGAAUAAACUCACUUCAUGCCGCUUUUUCUUCAUGUUACAGAAUUCAAACAUAGUGUCAGUAAAUGAACAAUGGAACUUGGAUCACAAGUGAUCACUGAAUAAUGAAAAACACCUCGAAGCCAAAAAAAACAAAACAAAACUGUUACUUGAGUAGAAUAAAAUGUGCUCUCAUUUCAGUUGUGGAGAAACGUUGUUUACUCCUCGUUACCGUGGGUCUGCUGUAUUUCAGAGGGCAAUUUGUUAGAUGUGUAGUGAAACUUUAAACUUACACAAAGUAUAAUGCACUAUAUCAUAUACUGUUAACACGAUGUCUGUAUUGUUUUAGAUUGUGAUGUUGAUGAAUCUUUCAUGCAGAGUAAUGGUUUUUGUCUUACUGUAAUGUAAAUAUACCUAUCGCAUUCUUUUAGAAUAAAAAAUAUAUUAUCGUU